AAGCCCUGGCACUUUGAUCGAUGACAUUUAACAAGUGAUGGACGACGUUUCGUGAACUCGGAACAAAUCGGAUAUAAUCUUUUGUGGACAAACUCUAUUGUUGUUGAACCGGAAGAGGAUUUAUUGUUCUGUACCAAGUCGCGCUUGUCGUCUUCUAUGUGAAUCAUCUGACAGCAUGGGGAUUCUGCUGUUACUUACUGUCAUGCAAGCGGUGACAGUCGCUUUGGUGACUGCAGAGUGUCCCGUGGUGUGCGAGUGUCCCGCCGGGCCCCCAUCCUGUGCCCCGGGGGUGAGUUCUGUCCCGGAUGGAUGCGGUUGCUGCAAAGUGUGCGCCGCACAGCUGAACCAGGACUGCCACGAAGGUCGGCCCUGUGACCACCAUAAAGGCCUGGAGUGCAACUAUGGCAAUGAUGUUGGCCGUACCAAUGGCAUCUGCAGGGCAAAGGCAGAGGGCCGCUCCUGCGAAUACAGUGGGCGAAUCUAUCAAAAUGGCGAGAAUUUUCAAGCUGGCUGCAAGCACCAGUGUACCUGCAUCGACGGGGCAGUGGGUUGCGUGCCCCUUUGCCCCAGCCACGUGCCCCUGGCAUCAACUUCCUGUCCGGCCCCACACCUGGUCAAGGUGCCGGGCCAGUGCUGCCUCAGCAUCGAGUGCCACAAGGGAACAACCGUUGUGCCGCCGGUGCACCGCCGACGUCAACCUCCGGCUUACCCGCCGUACCCCUUCAUUCCCUACUCGGUUUACCCUUACGUGAAACCGUAUGCAAAACCUUACCAGAAGCUGUAUCCCUACAAACCCAAAAACGAGAUGGACACCCUGGGAAAUGAGUUAGUGGAGGUGGGCCGCAAAUGGGACAAGCCACAUGGCCACAAGCACCUGGCGGCGUGGAAGCAGGUGGGAGAUCAGUGCGUGGUCCAGACCACUUCCUGGUCCCAGUGUUCUCGCAGCUGUGGGAUGGGCAUUUCCUCUCGCGUUACCAACGACAAUGCCCGCUGUAAGCUGGUCAAGGAGACCCGUCUGUGCAACAUACGACCCUGCAGCUCCAUGUCGAUCCCAGCCAAGAAAGGAAGGAAGUGCUCCCGAACCCACAAGGCCCCCGAGCCGCACCGCCUGUCCUACGCCGGUUGCAGGAGCACUCGCCUGCACAGACCCAACUACUGCGGCGUGUGCAGAGACGGCCGCUGCUGCUCACCACGUCGCACGCGCACCGCCAGCGUCACCUUCGCCUGCCCCGACGGCGAACGCUUCACCAGAUCCGUCAUGUUCAUCCAGUCGUGCAAGUGCAGCGACGAGUGCAACCAUCUCAAUGAGGCGGCCAUGCCCCCGCAGCUCUGGCUCUAUGGAGACACACACAAGUUCAUUGACUAGUUCACUUACUAGCUCCUCAGACCCUACAUUCCUAGCCACAUGACACCGCCACCCCUGCAGUCCCCAUUAUGCCUAUUUUGAAAUACUUAAGAAUUAUUUAUUCAUUGUAUUUUUUUGUUUGUUCUGAACUUGAUCUGUAUUUUUUAAUUCUCAUUUUGUGUAUGAUACCAUUAUUCAGCCAAUACACAUAUUUUACAUUAGGAAAAAAAUCACAGCAUACCACCAGAAAAAGUCACAAAAAGUGGAUGCACAGGUUAAUUGCGACCUAGUGGAAAAGCAUUGAAUUGUUUUGCCUAUCACUGUACAUCCAUCCAUUUUCCGUUUCGCUUAUCCUCACGCGGGUCGCGGGCGUGCUGGUGCCUAUCCCAGCUGAGUCUGGGUGAGAGGCGGGCUACACCCUGAACCGGACGCCAGCCAAUCACAGGGCACAGUCAUAAAAUAAAAAAAAAAAACAUUCCCACCAAUUAACCUAUCAUAGAUGUUUUUGGAAUGUGAAAGGAAACCGGAGCACCUGGAGAAAACCCACAUAGGCACAGGGAGAACAUGCAAACUCCACACAGGUGAGGCCGGAUUUUAACCCCGGUCCUCAGAACUGCGAGGCAGAUGUGCUAGCUAGUCGUCCACCGUGCCGCCCAUUAUACAUUGCUACAUUUUUUAGAGUUAAUAUACAAUUUCCCGUUGAACACCACGGCACAAUAAUGUGCCACAACACACUGGGUGGGAAUCAUUGCUUUAAUGUAUAGAAUUUAUGUACGGACCCGCAAUCCAGUCCGAAGUCAGCCCAAAGCACAGCGUUACUUUCUCAAACAGUACAUUAAAGCAGCGAUUUCCCACCAAUGUGCGACACAUCAUCAAAUGUGCUGUGGAAAAUGAUCCAAUUUGACUUAAUUGGUCCUAAAAUUUGUAUAUAUUCACUACAAAUAAUGUGUCUUUGUUCAUCUAUCUAUGCCAAUGACAUAUAUUGACAGGCAGAAUAAUUCCAUGCUCUUCCACUAGGUGGCAGAAAGGACAAUAAUCCUGCAUAUCCACCUGUCAUUCACACAUCAGAAAGAUUUCACAUUCAUUUGUGGCUCAUUAUUUCAGUAUAUCUACUUUUUGACAUUUUUGUUUGGUGGUGUGCUGUUAGAUUUUUGGAAUGAAAAAUUGAAUCUUGGUUAAAAAAAACUGCAUUAACGAAAGAAAUGAGAAAAUAAUUAAAGAUUACAUUAUUUUACUUUACAUUACAGAACAAACAAAAAAAUGAGAAAGAAAAAUACAAUUAAAGAAUAAUUUAUUUAUAAGUAUUAUAAAAUACGGAGUGACUUUUCAAUCACCCUGUAGAAUCACUGUCCUUAUCCUAUCAAUGAGUAGAUGCAAAACGUCAUUUGCGAAUUUUUCGGGAAGAAAAAGGGGAAGGAUUUUGUGAGCAUCUUCAUCAGAUUAGCUCUGCUUCAGUGUAGAUUCAAAUGUUGUUUUUUUUGUUUUUGUUUUUUUUUGGCCUUGCCGGAGAGUUUUGUUUCUCUAAGCCAGCAAGCUGUGCACCAAGAACCCCCCCCCCCCGAACUCUGUGAGACUUUUGUUUGCUGGGGGUGGCAUGUAAAUAGCUGACACACAAAUACAUAACUGUUGCUGAUUUAUUUUGUUGGUCAUGUGACAGAAGUUAUGAGUGAAUGCGGCCUAAUAGUACUGAUAAACCAAAUCAUGGAGGUGGAGAGUACUUGUCCCAAAGGUCUGAUGAUGAUGUUGUCGUUCUGACACACACGUGGCCCGUGACCUUGUUUGGUAUUUAUUCAUUCGUAUUUAUUGUCGGGUUUCACACACAAGCGGCCGGCCGUUAGGGAAGGCAGCAAGUUUGGAGCAUCCGAGGGACAAAACAGCUGAGGUCCGUCAGCUACUGAAGGACGUGACCUCCCACAGAUUGACAUCAAUCAUAGUUCACCGUUGGAUGGUGAAAGCUACCGGGGAACCCCCCCCCCCCCCCCC